AUGCAGCGGAUUGUGCGUGGUGUGGCGACAAAAGCGCAACAACAGCGCCAAUUGUCGGCUGCUGCAAAUGCGCCGAAAAAAGUUGAGGUUUUCAUUGAUGGAAAGAAGAUUUUGGUCGAUCCAGGAAUGACAAUUUUGCAAGCUUGUGCUCUUGUUGGAGUUGAUAUUCCACGUUUUUGUUAUCACGAUCGAUUGUCGAUUGCUGGAAAUUGUCGAAUGUGUUUGGUUGAAGUUGAAAAAAGUGUUAAGGUUAGAUUUUGAAUUCAUUCAAAAAAAAUAAGUGUCAUAAAAAUAAUAAUUUCAGCCAGUCGCCUCUUGUGCUAUGCCAGUUAUGAAUGGUAUGAAAGUCAAAACGAAUUCGGAUUUUGUUCGCAAAGCUCGUGAAGGAGUAAUGGAAUUCAUGCUCAACAAUCAUCCUUUGGAUUGUCCAAUUUGUGAUCAAGGAGGAGAAUGUGAUCUUCAAGAUCAAGCUGUUGCUUUUGGUUCUGAUCGUGGACGUCUUCAAUCAAGACUUGAUGGUAAACGUGCUGUCGAAGACAAAGAUAUCGGACCACUUGUUAAGACUGUUAUGACACGUUGUAUUCAAUGUACUCGAUGUGUUCGUUUCGCGAAUGAAGUUGCUGCUUUCCCUGAUUUUGGAACAACUGGAAGAGGACAAGAUUUGCAAAUUGGAACUUAUGUUGAAAAGUUCUUCGCUUCUGAAAUGUCUGGAAAUAUCAUUGAUAUUUGUCCAGUUGGAGCUUUGACCAGCAAACAAUACGCGUAAGUUUUUAAAUCUGGACUUAAUUUUUGGAUUUUCAACGAAAUGACGACUUUUUCAAAGUUUUUAGCGAAUCUUAAAAAUUAACUAACUAAGUUUUAAUCAAUUUUUUUAACAGUUUCGUCGCUCGUCCAUGGGAAACUCGCAAAACCGAAAGUGUUGAUGUUUUGGAUGCAACUGGUUCGAAUAUUGUUCUCACUCAUAGAACUGGAGAACUUCUUCGCGUUAUUCCAAAAAUCAAUGAUGUAAGUUGUUUUCACCACAAAAAAUUAAAGUUUAUUAGAUAAUUUGCAGGAUAUCAACGAAGAAUGGAUUGGAGAUCAAUCGCGUUUCGCAGUCGAUGGUCUCAAAGUUCAACGUCUUUUGACUCCAAUGAUUCGCGGAGCCGAUGGACAAUUGAAACCGGCCAGUUGGGAAGAGGCUCUUUUCACCGUUGCUGCUAAACUGAGAGAAACAAGUGCUGAACAAAAAGCGGCGGUUGUUGGUGGUUUGAAUGAUGUUGGUCAGUUUUUUAUCUAAUUUAAUUAUUCCCAGAUUUUUAAUUAAAAAUAAUCACCGAAUAUUAUUUUUUUUCAGAAUCUUUGGUUGCGUUGAAAGAUUUGUUCAACCGUUUCAACAGCGAAAAUGUUAUGACUGAAGAAGAGUUCCCUGAAACUAGCGGUGGUUCCGAUAUUCGUGCCAACUACAUUUUCAACGAUGGAAUUGCUAAUGUUGAAAAUGCUGAUGCUAUUUUGUUGGUCGGAACAAAUCCAAGAUUCGAGGCGCCAACUUUGAACGCGAGAAUUAGAAAAUCGUGAGUUUUUUGGAAACUAUGUAUAUAUUAUGGGGAAAAUGAAUGUUAAUUUUUGUAGAAAAAUAUGCAGAAUUUUUUUUCAAAACAUUUCUUCAAUCAGAACUUUAACUCCUCUAUUAUUGAAAAUUUUUUAAACAUAUUCAAUUUUUGUUUUAAGUAUAUUAAUUUUCUAGAUUCCUCUACUCUGAUGUUCAAAUCGGAGUUAUUGGAUCUGAAAGCGAACUUAACUACGACUACGAUUAUCUUGGUGCAUCUGCAAAAGCAAUCGAUGAUGUUUUGAGCGGAAAAGGAGAAUUCGCAAAAACAUUUGCCAAUGCUAAACAACCAUUGAUUAUUGUUGGAGCACAAGCAUUGAAAGGUGAAGCUGGAGCUGCGAUUCUUGGAAAACUUCAACAAUUGGCUGAUAAAUUGUCAGCUGGUAAAAAUGUUCAAGUUUUGAAUGUUCUUCAAAGAUGGGCUGGACAAACUGGAGCUCUUGAUGUCGGAUAUAAAGCUGGAACAGCUGCACUUCGUAAAACACCAGUCAAAUUUUUGUAUUUGUUGGGUGCUGAUGAAGGAAAAGUUAACAAGUCGAAUUUGGAUCCACAAGCUUUUAUUGUUUAUCAAGGACAUCAUGGAGAUGCUGGAGCACAAAUUGCUGAUGUUAUCUUCCCAGGAGCUGCUUAUACUGAAAAAGAUGGAACUUAUGUUAAUACCGAAGGAAGAUCACAAAGGUAGGAUUUUAUUUGAAGAAAAAACUAGCUGGAGUUUUCUAAACAUAUGAAAUUAGAAAUGAAAUCAAAUUUUCACGUGUUUCUCAGCGUGAAAUUAUUUACGUGGCAAAUGAUAUUUUAUUUCUUUUUUUUUCAGAGGAUAUCCAGCUGUUUCACCACCAGGAGAAGCUCGUGUUGAUUGGAAAAUUAUUCGCGCCGUUUCGGAAGUCGCUGGAAAAUCAUUGCCAUAUAAUGAUUUGAAAGAAAUCAGACAAAGACUUAACGAAGUUAGUUUUUAUGAAACUAAUCAUAUAAAUUUCUAAAAAUUCUAUUUGAGAUCGCUCCACAUUUGGCAAGAUAUCGUGAUAUUGAACCAUCUCCAUUCAUCAAACAAGCUCUUCAACUCGCCCAAACAUCUGGCUCAAUCGAUGUUGAUGUUUCGCCAGCUCUUCGUGAACUCGCUGAUUAUUAUCAAACAAAUGUUAUUUCACGGAAUUCUCGUAGUAUGGCUCAAGCGAAAAAGGCUGCAUUGGAAAAUAAGGAGAAUCCAUAUGCUGAAGCACCAAUUCAUGCACGUUUGUAG